AUGUACCAAGAAGCUACCCUCCCAAUUAGAUCAAACCCCAACCAACCUCACCCACAAGCCCCAACCACAAUGUCCACUCAGCAGCAGCGGCAGCACAAGCCCUCGACCGCCGAGGCCGUCGCCGCCACCGCCGACCUCAGCAACGCCCUCGCAUCCCCAACCACGGAGAAGCAGCACUCGGAGCUGCAACAGGCCCCACCCCAGACCGAGUGGAAGCCGUCUCUCGACCGCCGGCAGAGCUACGCCAAGGAGGAGCACAAACGCUCGAUGCAGAUGAGCGCGCUCGGCGGCGAAAACAACUCCGGUGGCCAGGGGUUCACCGAGAAGCCUCAAUAA